AUGCAUAUCAUUGACCUGGCCACCAUCCCCGACUUGGCCAUUGCCUUAUUGCUCGAUUGGACGGACACAAACCGCCUGAUUGGCCUCUCGACCCGUCCUGCGAGGCUGGAGUGGUUUGCUAAAGCUUAUAGGGAAUGGGUCGGGAAUGAUUCAGAUAGAGUGUCUGCUAAGUUUUUCACAACGGAAGUUCUGAGGCCUGGUGGAACUUCCUACACAUCAGUUUCGCAGCAUUUUAUAUCUGCCGCAUCAGCCCGUGGAUUGCUCAUUUUCCUGGAGAAAAUGGCCCGGCAGUUUGCAGAAGAGCACGGCACCGAGGAUGAUUUGCUGCGUGCUGGGCUUGCCGGUGGUUUACAGCAGCUACAGCAUAUCAUGCUCAACAAUGGGAAGUUGCUGGAUGAUACAAGCAAGGCCCCCGACGCUGAGAAGGAGGCUGCGACACUUCGCAUGGCUGCACUCGGGAACGCGCGGGAGAUCCUCAUGAACCCAGGGUUGCGCAUUCUCCACGACAACCUCCUGGGGAUCGGUGGAGCAGCUCCUCCUCCCUCUCAUGGCGCACCGCCCCCUUCUUCUUCCUCGGCACCUCCCCAGCCGAAGCCUGAGCCUUCGAGCCCGCCCGGCCCUUCAGCUUCCUCAUCGUCCAAGGCGCCACCGCCAGGACCGUCUGCUACCGGAUCGAGCUCGUCGUGGGGCGACAAGGGCAAGGGCAAAGGCCCCUGCACGCAGAAGGGGAGAAAUGUUUGGGAAGAUGUCCAUGGGAAUGUCUUCGAGGAAUGUUCGGACAUGUCCGAUGUUUCGGAGGCCACUUUCCAGAGUGAUGGUUCGUGGGACUUAGACUCCGAGUCUUCCGGUCCGGAAAUCGACCGGUACCCUCGAAUCCGUAAAGGCAUCCAGGCCCCAGGCGAGACCGCCCUGAAGCCGACCAAAGCCCCUCCACCCCGAGAAGGUUGCUUCGAUACCUGGUGGUGCUUCAACUGCAAGACCAAAGUCUCGAUCCAGGGAGGCUGGGUCGCACCGCCCCGCUUACAAAGCACCACCGAAGGCGAGACCUUCCUCUCCACCGACUUCUUCGGCUAUGGGAUCUUCGCAAGCACCACCGCCAAGCCCUUCGGCAGCACCGCCCCCGUCGAAGGCUGCUCCGAAGGCCCCACCACCCUCAGUUUACAGCAACACUCUACACUGGGUGUGUGGGAGAUGUGGCGAAGUGAAUGGACUACAUCGGCUGCAAUACCUGUGGGUCUUCGCAACACUCUGCGGGCAACGUCCACGAGCAAGCCACCCAUUGGGUGUGUCCUCACUGCCAAGACGAAGUGUCUGUACGGAGGAGCAGCUGCCGCACCUGUGGUCCUCAACCGGCGGGAGAUCGUCAACCAGGGUGAAGCAGUGGAUUCCUCACCUCCUGAAGCCAGUGCAGUUGACGAGCCGGUCCCACACUUUGUUCCCCCCACGCCGAAGCUCUCGACGAUCCCCGCGAAAGCCUACCCGGGGAAAGCAGUCUGGACACCACCGGCUCAGGAGCUACGGGCAGUGGCCACCCCGGCCUUGUGGUUUACAACCAGGGACAUUGAUGCCGACACCCCAAGGCUGGUGAUUCCCUGGUCGUUGUUCCAGGUCGGCGUGGUUUGUGUCCGCCGUGUGGCACAAGAUAUCAUCAACGAUGCACAGCAACGGGACUUUAUGGACCGUAUCAAAGAGGUGAACCGAAUUUCCUGGAGAGACCAGGCCUUGGACAACACUUUUAUCCAGGCGAAGGACCGCCCAGGACGCUUCUGGGGCAAGAGACGCGACCCCACCGUCGAGGACGAGUCCGACAUGGAACUGACAGCUGAGCUGAGGAACCUGUCGGUGACCCAGCAGCGAUCGCUCCGCGAGCACACCGCCCAGCUGCGAGGGAAAGGAGCAAAGGGUGGAGGAUCUCAUCCGGGCUUGAGCCACACAGAGGCCUUCGUUCGACAUCGCUCUCGGCUGCGAGCUAUCCAGCACCAGAUGGAGCAUGGAGAUGUUUCCCUGCAGCCUCGAGCGACACAGCUGCAGACCGACAGGCCGUUACCGCCAAUGUUGAGCCUUGGGAGGUCGCACCGACUGGGCCUCCUUGAGAGACUCGAUCGGCUCGAACGACAGGGUUUCACUUGGACACAGGAGGAAGUCGAUGGUUGCCUCACCAUGGAACACUUCCUCAACUAUUUGGAGACGAGGGGAGUCAACCCAGCCGGUGCUCCACCUGAAACCCCGGGAACAGCCUCGAAGUCCGCAGGUGCUCCGCCUCCUCCAAGCUCGGCUCCCACCGGAGCAGAUGAGAACAGGAGCACCUCCACGCGGCAGAACCCAGUGCUCGUCCGACCCGAGAACUACUACGAUGAGCAACGACGAGACACUGGGGACCCCGAGUGCAACUGCGAAGGAUCCUCCGGAAGGUCACAGCUCGGCAUCUACGGUGACGAGUGA